CUAUUGCAAAUUCCUUUAAUAUCUUAUCUAUGUUAGCUCAGGUUACACAGAGAGUAUACAGUCCAGUUCCACUAUGCUAUCCCACGAUUGGCACGAUCAUUCUCUUAAUAAAUAAACCCUAAUCGUAACAAUGAAUAAAAUGUAUUCCGCAAUUCCAAAAUAUACCCUUUCCAGAUAGCAUUUUAAAGUGGCUUUACUUAUGAUAAUUCGCAACAAACAUUGAACAACAUUACUUCUUCUUCUUCAUUAAUAACAAUCAGCACGAGAGAUUCUUUUAAUAAAUAAACCCUAAUCGUACACCUUCAUUCUAACAAUAAAUAAAAUCUAUUCCGUACUCCAAAAUAUACCCCUUCUGGAUAGCAUUUCAAAUAUUGAGAAACAUUAUUUCUUCUUCUUCCUCAACGACGCCCAGGAUUUACUCACAGAAUUUCCGUCCACGGUGGCAGUCCACUAGGUGCCUCGAUCAGUUGCAACUCGCUACAGGAGACCAAAUUGCCGAGGCAGGCGCACUCGACCGGGCAGCUGUCCGCCUUGUCGUAGAGCAACCUCGUCGAAUCGGCGACGCUCGUCGUCAGGACGAUCAGUCCCAGGAAGCAGACGGCCAACAGGAUCCACCGUUCCAGGAGACGACGACAACGCAUCCUCGUCGAACACCGCGACAUCGCGCGUCAGAAAAGGACAGGCAGACAGAGAGAGAAAGAGUCCAACUGAGAGAUUAAUCGGUCACCUCGGGACGCUCACCGUUGCCCAUCGUCGCGGAGACGCGAGACGACGUCGUUCCCGGACGAGCGCGAUGCCAUAGUGAACGAGAAGACGACGCGUCCCCUUUCCACACGUUCGAUCUCGCGCUCUAUUGAGUCAAAACAAACUCUCUCGCCUCUUCCCUCAAAAACGCGAGAGCCCACGCACCAUGAUGACGCCUACGGGACAACCCAGAGAUGGACCAGAGACCGUGUCUGCGCGACGUAGGCGGCGUCAUCUGGCGAGGCAUCAAAAGAUGGGUUCGUGACGCCGGAUCCUUAAGGUCGCCUCACAACGAAUUCGUAUCUAGUUUUCAAAGAGCCUAGGAUUUUUGUCCGGAAUUGAUCAAACGGAGCAUAUUCUACGUGCUCUUUUAUUGUUCAUGUGUCAAAAUGCGAAGCCGGUUCUUGUGCAUAUUCUGAUGAAUGAAUAAACAUAUUGGCGCAAUAUCAGUAAUAAUCAAGAUCUGAAAGACAUAGGAGGAUGAAUAUGGAGGAGAAGCUGUUGCAAAUUUUCGAAGAUGUUGAGUACACAGGGCCAAUGCUUAAUGGUGACAAGCUGUCACAAGCCCUGAAACUUGGUGCGAAAUCGCCAGAUUUUACUAGUCUUGUAAGUUGGUUUGCUCAGCAACUGGCAACAUUUAUCGACAUAGAUGAGACUGUUCAAGCUACAACAAGUGCAGACGAUGCUAGUUCCUUCCUUUUAGAAUUAAGCUUCUUUCUUAAGGAAAUAGGAUGUGUAAAUGAAAAACUAAUGACUGGAUAUGUAAAUGAAAGACUUGCUAAUGAAUCUGAAAGAGCUAUCUUGAUAGAAUUCCUAGCUACAGAACUUAUGGCUUGUAAAUUAUUGGAAGUAAAAUGUCCUAAAGAGGAAAAACAGAUGGAAGUUACUCUUGAUGAGAGUGAUACUGCGAGAAGUUUAAAAAAUAUUCUGGUAACAUUAAAGUUUCAAAAACCACCAGACAACAUUGAGCCUCAGUUAUUAUUCUCGAGACUAGAAACUAAAUUAUCAGAAGUACUAAAUACUGUAUGGUCUGAACAUUUAGGAAAACCACUUAUAGAUGUAGAGCUCUCUGCUAAUCAAUGGAAUGAAUUAAGUAAAUUGCAAGAAGAAAUGCAUAAGGAGUACACAAUUCGCCGUGAUAUGUUGCUUAAACGCCUUGAUGUCACAGUUCAAUCAUUUUUGUGGUCAGACAGGAUAAAGUCACAGGAAAAUGAGGUAAACACUAGAUAUGAAGAAAGAAGAAAGGUUCUAAAAAUAGAGCCAAAAGUAACAAUGGCAGAUUUACUGGCAGCAAGAGAUGACCUAGCUAUAAUCGAAAAAACUAGUAGCGCAAGCGUUCGUAAGAACACGCGAAGUAAAAUCAAUAGUGUCAUUAUCGGAGCGGUGCCAGACAGAGGUGGCAGACCAUAUGAACAGGAACCACCUCCACCAGAGAUGCCUCCAUGGCAGAAGGACAGAGUCCAAGGACCACAAUCAUUUCAGGGCGGAAGAGGAGGUGGUGGAGGUCGCGGCGGUGGAGGUCGCGGAGGCAACAGAGCAGGAGGAAGUGGUGGCGGUGGUGGUGGCGGUGGUGGUGGCGGCUAUCACGAUCAUAAAGAUGCCAGUAGCAAUUUUGGUCAAAACUUAAAUUAUCAGCAAUCUCAAUACUCUGGACAAGGACAUAGAGCAUGUUAUCCGGAUCAUAGAGAUUCAGGAGGAUAUCAGAGAGGUGGUGGAGGAGGCGGAGGUUAUCGAGGAGAUUCUGGCACGAAUUACGGUCAAAGCUACGGUCAAAGCUAUGGUCAAAGUCAAAAUUACAAUCAAAAUUAUCAAGGCCAAAGCUAUCAACAACCGCAGUAUUCUGGUCAGAGAGAUUCUUAUGGAAGUGACAAUCGAGGUGGUGGAAACUACUAUCAGGAAAGAAGAGAAAGUGGUGGUAGAGACGGGGGUGGAAGAGGAGGCAGAAUUCAAGGUGGAUGGAAUCAAGGGGCAAUAAUUCUGGUACGAAUAGUUAUCAACGAGGCGGCUAUAAUAGAGGCAGGGGUCGACAAUACUAAAUUUUGGUCAUAACGAAGACUUGUGUCACAACAGUUUAUGAUAUUAAAAUAAUUAUGUGAUGAUAUUAAUAAUAAUAAUUAUUAUUCACGCUUAUAUUUAUAACUCACAGAUAACACAAAAUGUAAGUGUUUGGUCUCAAAAUCUCUUUAAGUUUAAAAUGUCUCUAGAUAAAUUUUGAAUUUUGUUAUUUUUAGGUCAUUAUUUAAUU